AUGCCAGUUAUCAAAGUGACAUACCAGUCGACCGUACGCCGUUUCUCUAUUGCUGAAACAACUACUUGGACUGAACUUGAAUCUAACCUUCGCACUUUAUUUUCCUUACCGCCUACUUUACCUUUUUCUCUUUCAUAUACUGACGAAGACGGUGAUGUUAUUACUUUGUCGACUGACUUGGAAAUCGUUGAUCUCUUAUCCAAUCAUCAAUCAAAUACUACUUUGAGAUUCUCUAUCGUUCCUCAUCAUCCUCAACAAUCUCAACAAUCUAAUAAUGUUAACAUUAUUUCCCAAACUUCGAUUGUUGAUUCUGAGCCAUCAUCUCGACACACAAUGGUAAUAGAUCAAACUUCGAUUGUUGAUUCUGAGCCAUCAUCUCGACGCACAAUGGUAAUAGAUGAAUCUGUAGAUUCAAUUUUUAUUUCAACCACUCCUUCAAUCUCAAAAGGUAAGCAGAGAGCUGUUGAAGAAGAUACUCCCUUCGAAUCUAACGAAACUAGUUCAAGUGAUCAGCAACAACCAAAUGAGGAACAGACUAGAGCACCCUUUAUCGAUUUAGCUCAACGAUUUCAAACUUUACUUGAACAGGUACGACCUGUAUUGGAUAAAAAUCCUCAGCUUGUUGAACAUGCCAAUCAUAUUAUGGAUCAAAUUUUACAAAAUAUGCCUGUCGAUAUUGAUAUGUGGGAUCAAUGGUUUAAAUCCCAUUUAAAUCAAUUUCAACAACAAAAUCAAAAUUAUAACUAUUCACGUCAGUUUUCAUCAUUUAUUCCUCAAAAUGUCGAACCAUGGCUACGAAGUGUAGGUCAAGAUAUUUUUAAUAAUCCAAAUUGCCCUUUCAUGGGUCAAGGACAACAGAGUAAUCAAACUUCUAAUGAUGAAGCUUCGAGUGAAAAGGUUAUGAGUCAAGGACAACAGAAUGAUCAAACUUUUGAUGAUGAAACUUUGAGUGAAAAGCUAAGUAUUCUUCAUUCGAUGGGCUUUUGGGAAGAUGAUGAAAAAAAUAUUGAACUUUUGAAAAAAUAUUCGGGAAAUAUUAGUAAAGUCGUUGAAGUUCUAAUUUCAAUACAGAAUGAGAGAAUUGAAAAAAGUUUAAAUCUUCAACUUCCUACAAAUAAAUAA